AUGCCACUCGCUGACCAUCACCUUGAUCGAUCUUAUGUCCACCUUCCUGGGUACCAAGAACGCAUUACAGGUCCCUUUCGUUCCCUAGGCAUUUUCUUGGGUAAUGGGUCUUAUGUGUUAGCUUGGGGAGCUCAAGACCAUGGAUCUGGAUGCCUGCUGUGUAUGAAGGAUAUCGACAGGCGCAAGAUGGUGGAGGAGGAAUCAGAAGAUGUCAUUGCAACGGAGCUCAAAGUCUACCAGCACAUGGCCUCCUGGGAGAAGGAGUGCAAUGGAAAGGCAUUCCUCAUGCAAUUGAAGAUGUGUUUUUCAACACAUGAUAACAUCUAUUUUGUCAUGGACUUGAUGGUUUUUGACCUCUGGAAGCUUAUGGCUGAUGAGCCUGAAUUCAGUUUCGAGAAUGCUCCUAGAUUGAGUGCUCAGAUGGCCCUUGGUAUCAAUGCUCUUCACAGCAUGGGCAUCAUACACCAAGACAUAAAGCCAGACAACAUUCUGAUAGAUUCCCACUACAACGUCAAAAUCGCAGAUUUCGGGGUCUCCCAUCUGCACGGGACGCCUUUGGAACCAGGGGAAGGGUAUACAUUGGUCUAUGUGGGAUCCCCCAUGUAUAUGGAACCUGAAGUAAUGUUUAACGAGGGUGACAAAUACAGAUGCACAGUAGACUGGUGGUCUUUUGGAUGUGUCCUUUACAAGCUCAUUUCUCUGGGGCACAAGGCAGGUGUCCUAUAUUCCUUUAUUACAGCACAACUAAAGCUUUUAAUCGGAGACUCUUCAUCAUAUUGGAUGAGAUAG